AGUCCUUCACCUAAUUACUGACAGCAUUGAACAAAAGCAUUUCUUCUCCAAUUCAACUUCUUCAGAGUGUUGAGAGCAUUAGAAGAAAAUGGAGAGGAAAAUUCAUAUCCUGGUGAUUCCUUAUCCCCUACAAGGUCACAUAAACCCAAUGCUGCAAUUCUCAAAACGCCUAGCUUCAAAGGGUCCUAGAGUCACAUUUAUUGCUACUAGUCGUAUUAGCAAGUCUAUACAAGCCCAUGAAAGCACUUCUAUCAACUUUGAGACCAUCUCUGAUGGCUCUGAGGAAGUCCAAGAUUUGGAAACCUCAGAUGAAAAACUCAAGCGUUUCAAGUCUAAAGUCUCACAAAACUUACCAAAGCUCAUUGAAAGAUUUAAUAGCUCCAAAUACCCUCCAAAGUUUCUUGUGUAUGACUCAGUUCUGCCAUGGGCUUUAAACGUAGCUCGACAAUAUGGACUAGAUGGAGCUCCAUUUUUCACUCAGUCAUGUGUGGUUAAUGCCAUCUAUUACCAUGCACAUCAAGGAACACUUCAGAUGCCCUUAGAAGAAGGGUCUUCAAUAUCAUUGCCCUCGAUGCCAUCACUAGGGAUCAAUGAUAUGCCUACGUUUCUUUCUGAUACGGGCUCGUACCCAGAUGUGUUAAACCUUGUGGUGAAUCAAUUCUCAAAUCUCCAGGAAGCGAAUUGGCUCUUGUGCAACACUUUCGACAAGUUGGAAGAUGAGGUAAUAAAUUGGAUGGCAAGCCAAUGGCCUUUUAAAACAAUUGGACCAGCAAUUCCAUCAAUGUAUUUAGACAAGCGAUUGAAGGAUGACAAAGAAUAUGGCCUUAACAUUUUCAAGCCCGACAUGGACAUUUGCAUGAAAUGGUUAGACACAAAAGAAAUUGGCUCAGUCGUUUAUAUAUCAUUUGGAAGCAUGGCAACCCUUGGAGAAGAGCAAAUGGAGGAGAUAACAUGGGGCCUAAAGAAUAGCAAUUGCUACUUUUUGUGGGUUGUUAGAGAAUCUGAAGAGAAAAAGCUUCCCAAUAAUUUUUUAUUAGAAACAGCAGAGAAAGGACUAACUGUGAGUUGGUGCCCUCAACUAGAAGUAUUGGCUCACAAGGCCAUUGGAUGUUUCAUGACUCAUUGUGGAUGGAACUCGACACUUGAGGCAUUGAGCUUAGGAGUGCCAAUGAUUGCGAUGCCACAAUGGUCGGAUCAAACAACUAAUGCAAAGAACAUUAUGGAUGUGUGGAAGGUAGGAAUUAGGGUUAAAGUGGAUGAAAAAGGCAUUGGUACCAAAGAAGAAAUAGAGCUAUGCAUUAGGGAAGUAAUUGAGGGAGAGAGAGGAAAAGAGAUGAAAAGGAAUUCAAUGAAAUGGAAGGAAUUGGCUAAAGAGGCAGUCGACGAAGAUGGAAGUUCAGAUAAGAAUAUAGAGGAGUUUGUGACAAAACUUUCACAUUCCUAAUGUUACCUAAUGUUAAUGUAAGUAGUAACUCUUCAUUCAGAUAAUGGUUUAUAAGAAAUUUAUGGUUUG